AGGAAGUUGACGUCAGAGUGGGGGCAACGUCGAAGGCAGUUGAGUCGGUGGUGGCUACAUGUGGAUGUCCGCCGGUCGUGACGAGAACUUUCGUACCAGGGAGCAGACGUUAACUUCCUCGCGUCGAAUCGCGGGAGCCGUGACUUAUUACACCGUGAACGAGAGCAAUCCGCCGUUAACCAUGCAGAUGGACCCGACGACGUUGCAGCUGAUCCAAGUCCUCGAGAGGACCGUUUCGUCGGACAAGAAUGAGCUGGUGGCAGCGCAGACUUUCCUACAGCAGGCGGCUGAAACCAAUCUCCAUGAAUUCGUGCAACGACUCAGCGCCGUGCUGGUCACAGUCGGCGCGAGCCCCGUCGCCCGCAUGGCAGCGGGCUUACAGCUCAAAAACCAACUUACCUCCAAGGAUCCUGAUAUGAAGUUCCAAUAUCAGCAACGUUGGCUUACUAUCCCUGUUGAAACAAGGGAAUAUAUCAAGAAAAAUAUUUUAGGAGCGUUAGGAACAGAAAACAAUAGGCCAAGCUCUGCGGCACAAUGCGUCGCUUAUGUUGCUGUUGCCGAGUUGGCAGUCGGGGAAUGGAGCGAAUUAAUUCCAUUGUUAGUCAAUAAUGUUGUCAACCCGUCCAGUACCGAGAUGAUGAAGGAGGCUACUUUAGAGACUAUUGGAUAUAUCUGCCAAGAAAUCGAUAGCGAAGUGCUAGUAUCACAAUCAAAUGAGAUUCUUACUGCUAUCAUUCACGGUAUGAAGGGUUCCAGCACAUCAAAUCACGUUCGACUAGCGGCUACAAGCGCUCUAUACAAUUCCUUGGAGUUCACCAAAGGAAACUUUGAAAAAGAGACGGAACGAAACUUCAUAAUGGAAGUAGUAUGUGAAGCCACUCAGUCUACCAAUACUCAAAUCAGAGUGGCUGCAUUACAGUGUCUUGUGAAAAUUAUGUCACUGUAUUACCAAUACAUGGAGCCUUAUAUGGGUCCAGCAUUGUUUCCUAUUACAUUAGAAGCUAUGAAAUCUGAUAUUGAUGAAGUGGCACUUCAAGGAAUAGAAUUUUGGUCGAAUGUAUCUGAUGAAGAAGUGGACUUAUCAAUGGAAGAAGGAGAAGCAUCGGAAGGAGGUCGCCCACCGCUAAAAGUCUCGCGUCACUAUGCUAAAGGAGCUUUACAAUACUUAGUACCAGUGUUAAUGAAGAAAUUGACCAAGCAAGAAGAAUUUGAUGAUGAAGAUGAUUGGAAUCCUUCAAAAGCUGCUGGAGUUUGCUUGAUGUUGUUGUCGUCUUGCUGUGAAGAAGCUAUUGUUCCGUUUGUUCUUCCUUUUGUCAAGGAUAAUAUUAAAAGUCCCGACUGGAGGUAUAGAGAUGCGGCUCUGAUGGCAUUUGGUUCGAUUCUUGGUGGUUUAGAACCUGCCACAUUGAAACCGUUAGUGGAACAAGCCAUGCCAACUCUCAUCGAGCUGAUGUACGAUAACAGUGUAGUUGUCCGUGAUACUGCGGCAUGGACAUUUGGCCGCAUAUGCGAGAUGAUUCCAGAUGCCGCAAUCAACGAAACCUAUCUGAAGCCAUUGCUGGAAUCUUUGGUGAACGGAUUGAAGGCAGAACCACGGGUUGCUGCCAAUGUAUGUUGGGCAUUUACAGGAUUAGCAGAAGCGAGUUACGAAUCUGCUGAGGCGAGCGAAGAUGGCAAUCAACCAGAAACGUACUGCAUGUCACAAUAUUUCGAUUUUAUCAUUCAACGACUUUUGGAAACUACUGAUCGACCAGAUGGAGCUCAAGCGAAUUUGAGAUCUGCUGCUUAUGAGGCUCUCAUGGAGAUGGUGAAAAACUCACCGCGUGAUUGUUACGUAACCGUACAAAAAACUACAAUGGUGAUACUUGAGCGGCUGCAACAGGUAUUGCAGAUGGAGUCGCACAUACAGAGUCAUUCGGAUCGUGCCCAAUAUAAUGAUUUGCAGUCGUUGCUUUGUGCGACUUUACAGUCAGUCUUGCGUAAAGUCACUACAGAGGACGCUCCGCAAAUAUCUGAUGUAAUAAUGACCGCUCUGCUUUCUAUGUUUAACUCAAACUCCUGCAAAUCAGGUGGUGUACAAGAGGAUGCGCUCAUGGCAGUCUCGACCUUGGUUGAGGUGUUGGGCGAAGGUUUCUUGAAGUAUAUGGAGGCAUUCAAACCUUAUCUCUGUCUCGGUUUGAAGAAUUAUGCCGAAUAUCAGGUGUGUUGCGCAGCAGUCGGUCUCACCGGUGAUAUCUGCCGUGCCCUCAAAAACAAGAUGCUUCCUUAUUGCGAUGAAAUUAUGACUCUGUUGUUGGAAAACCUCAGCAAUAACGCCGUUCAUCGCUCAGUUAAACCGCAGAUCUUUUCGGCUUUCGGUGACAUCGCCAUGAGUAUCGGACCGGAAUUUAAGAUAUAUUUGGAUGUUGUAUUGCAGACGUUAGUGCAAGCAUCGCAGGCUAACGUAGAUAGAAGCGAUUACGAUAUGAUCGAUUAUCUCAACGAGUUACGUGAGGGCGUGCUCGAAGCUUACACUGGCAUAGUUCAAGGUCUCCGCGGUGAUGCGAAUAAUUGUCCGGAUGUCGCUAUUUCUCUUAUCGAGCCUCAUGUGCCGUACAUCAUACAAUUUAUCACCUCGAUCGCGCAAGAUCGCGAACAUUCCGAGGGUAAUGUGUCGGCCGCGGUAGGCCUGCUAGGCGAUCUCGUCAUGGUAUUCGGAACCAAAUUAUUGCCCAUGGUGGAGAGCGAGCCGCUCAAUGAUUUGCUGACCAAGGGUAAGAAGUCACGUACUCACAAAACUAAACAGCUGGCGAGCUGGGCUGCAAAAGAGAUUCGAAAGCUCAAGACUGCUGCCAACCCUACGUCCAGUUGAUCACCCCACGGUUGUACUGUCGUGCAAUUUGAUUUGACUAGAAAGCUAUCAAACACAAUACAAAGACAACAAGAUUGGAUGGUGCGGAUGCGAGUUGAUGGAUGUGCGUGAGUUCCGAAGCGAUGAUGACGAGAUGGGAGUGAUGAGUCUGCACGUGUCCCUAUCUGGCGACGGUAUUUUAUUGAUAUAAUAUAUCGGUGUUGAGCGCAUCUCAUAUGAUACGAGAGAAAGGAAUUUUUAGCGAGAAAGCGAGAAUGAAAGAAAGAGAGAAAGAGAGAGAGAGUGAGAUAAUGAGAGAAUAAGAAAAAUAAAUACCUGUCUGCCGGAUGCUGACAACGGAUGAGGAAUGCAAGUGGAUGUUGCCGAUGAAUGAAUCAAGGUCAAGUGAAAAGCCUGCCGAAAAGAGAGAAAUGAUUCUGGUUGCAAGUAUGCCUGGUACAAACAAGCCCUGCGGCUUUUAUCCGUGUGAUUGAGAAAUUAAAACCUAAGAAGAGAGAACGAGAGAGAGAGAGAUAGAUAGAUAGAGGACAACUUCAAUGAACGAUUACCUUGAGCAAUGAGAAAAAUUAAUGGAAGAAGACAUGAGAGAGCGGAUAGGAAUACCAAGCGAAGUGGAUGGAGAGUAUACACAUACGAGUGAUGGAGAGUGAGAGUAAGAGACUCAGGGAGAAUUUCUGAAACAAAGUGUUAGCAUGAUAGAUACGAAAGAGAGUGAAUGAAAAAUGUAGUAAAAUAUAUGAUAUAAUCAUGCGUGUGUGUAUGUGUGUGUCUGUGUGUCUGUAUUAUAUGUAUGAGAGAGAGAGAGAGAGAACGAGUCUUUUAUUUACAGUGACUUACCGUUGACUCGCUGUAAAGCUCGUACCGAGCUUUUCAAUGACGUGCAUCAGAUUUUGAAUCGCGGUUUUUAGCCACUAAUGCUUAGAACUACGCUGAAUUUACCUGCGUAGAAAGAGAAAGAGUAUCGCUUUCCUAUACAGAAUGAAGUUUGAAUGGACAGCGCAGGAGAAAGAGAGAGAGAAAGAGAGAGACUGAUUGUGAGUGCGAAAGGUGUGUCGAGAAGAUUACAGACCUCAACUUGGGUGCCCCUUAAUCCGAUCAUGCUGCGCGAGAAUCCGUGUGACCAGUUGUGUAUGAGAUGAUGCGUAUGUUACUUUUUCCCCAUACGUGAAUGUCUGUUGCUGUUGAUUGGAUAAUUAAAGUUAAUAUUUUGAUGGCACAAAUGA